AUGCCCGAACCAGCGAAGGCCGCGCCCAAGAAGGGCUCCAAGAAAACCGUCCCCAAGACCGCCGUCAAAGGAGGUAAGAAGCGCAGAAAGUCCAGGAAGGAGAGCUACGCUAUCUACGUGUACAAGGUCCUGAAACAGGUCCACCCUGAUACCGGGAUCUCCUCCAAGGCUAUGGGCAUCAUGAACUCCUUCGUCAACGACAUUUUCGAGCGUAUCGCUGGUGAGUCCUCUCGUCUGGCUCACUACAACAAGCGCUCCACCAUUACCUCCAGGGAGAUCCAGACCGCCGUGCGCCUGCUGCUUCCCGGUGAGCUGGCCAAGCACGCCGUGUCCGAGGGUACCAAGGCCGUCACCAAGUUUACCGAGGAGAAGAAACCCGCGGCCAAAAAAGCCGCAAAGAAACCCGCCGCUGCAAAGAAACCCAAGAAGGUAACAGCCAAGAAGCCCGCAGCUAAGAAGUCCCCCAAGAAGAAGGGCUCCAAGAAAACCGUCCCCAAGACCGCCGGCAAAGGAGGCAAGAAGCGCAGAAAGUCCAGGAAGGAGAGCUACGCUAUCUACGUGUACAAGGUCAUGAAACAGGUCCACCCUGAUACCGGGAUCUCCUCCAAGGCUAUGGGCAUCAUGAACUCCUUCGUCAACGACAUUUUCGAGCGUAUCGCUGGUGAGUCCUCUCGUCUGGCUCACUACAACAAGCGCUCCACCAUUACCUCCAGGGAGAUCCAGACCGCCGUGCGCCUGCUGCUUCCCGGUGAGCUGGCCAAGCACGCCGUGUCCGAGGGUACCAAGGCCGUCACCAAGUACACCAGCUCCAAGUAAAGCGUCUUAGUCGCUCUGGCAAACCAACGGUUCUUUUAAGAGCCACCCAUCUUAUCAAUUCCUUGGAAGCAGACUUGUCGUCCUGGCGUAUAUCCUCAGUUCCUUCCUUAGAGAUAAGUGAGAUUUUAGUUGACUCCGAUGCUGAACCUUUAGUUGACUCCUCUCCAGACUCAGUUGUAGAUGAAUCGUCACUGCUGGAUGAACCACUGCUGCUGUCCUCUGUUGAUGAUGUUUCACUGCUGUCGUUAUUACCAGUUUGCUUUAAAUCUUCAACAUUUUUACAUUCUGUAACAUUCCCAUUUUCCUCCAAAGUUGUAUUAAUAAAAAGGCUUUCAGUUUGAUCCAUUUCA